AAGCCCAUAUGAGGACGCGAAGGUCGUUCCUCGUUCUCCACGAAAGAAGAACAAAACCCUAGAGGUUGGGGGAGGAACAAUUGGAGGCGCGGCUGCUCUACUGUUCUUCCGCGCUCGCGAGAUCUCCGACCUCCUUCGCUCUCCUUCCCGGCGAGGCGGCGCGAGAAACAAUGGCUUCGAAAGGCGGGCCGAGCAACCUCGAGAAGGAGCAGAUGUUUGGGAUGGCGGAGAAGGAAAUGGAGUACCGGGUCGAUCUUUUCAACCGGCUUACACAUAGUUGCUUUGAGAAGUGUAUUGAGAAAAGGCAUAAAGAAUCUGAGCUCAAUAUGGGAGAGAACAGUUGCAUUGAUCGAUGUGUUUCAAAGUAUUGGCAGGUGACUAAUUUGGUCGGACAGAUGCUUGGGAACAAGCCUCAGAUAUGAGCGGGGAAGCAGUAGUUGAAUUUUCUGUAGUAGAAUACUGUCUCUAUGUUUCUCCAUUUUGUUUCUAGAAAGUUGUCUACUUGCCAAGUAAAGCACAUCAGUUUCGGCUAAUUCAUGGACAAAAGGAAACCCUUUCCAGUGAUGUGUACGUUACUCUCCGAAUCAUGAGCAGAGGCACACGCCUGUAAUAAUUUGAUACAGCUCGAGAGAACAAUUUUGUUGCCAAAGCUGCUCCUUUUUCAUAUUAGUUCUUUAAUAUCCCAAA